CACAAAGCAGUAUGAUGGUAUACAUGUUCACUACGAAUCGCAUCCUACAUAUCGUAGUGCAAAUAAUUCGUCCUCUUCAGCAUCCUCGUCACAAGCCUCAUCACAGUCAAACAGUUUUAAUUCCGGCAAAUCGAGUCAUAACAAUAAUAAACGUUCAUCGAAACAGAGUAAACAAAAUAAUGGAAAGAGUCAAUUGAUCUUUAAUCAACAACAACAAAUGCUUGUGAAUCAUUUAGAUUGCAUAACCGAUCUAAAAAUAUCCGAAUUACCUUACCCAAUGUUAAUUAGUGCCGAUAGAGACGGCAUUGUUAAGAGUUUAAGUGAGGGGCGAGAAAUUUUUUUGUCAUUGAAUAAAUUAUUGUAG